UAUCAUCUCUACACAACCACUGAAGCUUAUCACUGAUAUCACUAUAAUAUAAAUACCCUCGUUUCCUCUCAUCUCAAACACAAAUACAAACUCACUCCUCUUCCUUCCUCUCCACAGUACUCAACUCUUCUUUAUUUCCGGUACUAUCCUAUUCUGAAUUUGUACUGUUUCUUGAGAAAUCAAAAAUAUGGGAAAAGACGAAGUAGCAGAACAUGGUGAAUUCUCAGCAAAGGAUUAUCACGACCCACCACCAACACCAUUUUUUGAUGCAGAUGAGCUUAAGAAAUGGUCUUUCUACAGAGCUAUUAUUGCUGAAUUUGUAGCUACUCUUUUGUUCCUUUACAUCACUGUUUUGACUGUUAUCGGUUACAAGGCUCAGAGUGAAGCUGAUGAUUGUGGUGGUGUUGGUAUUUUGGGUAUCGCUUGGGCUUUUGGUGGUAUGAUCUUCGUCCUGGUUUACUGCACCGCCGGUGUCUCCGGAGGACACAUCAACCCAGCAGUAACUUUCGGACUAUUUUUGGCAAGAAAAGUUUCACUACCAAGAGCAGUACUGUACAUGGUGGCUCAAUGUUUAGGAGCAAUCUGUGGUGUUGGAUUAGUCAAGGCUUUCCAAUCUGCUUACUACGUUAAACAUGGUGGUGGCGCCAAUACACUUUCCGCUGGGUACAGCAAAGGAACUGGUCUAGCAGCUGAAAUCAUCGGAACUUUCGUUCUUGUGUACACAGUCUUCUCAGCCACUGACCCCAAGAGAAACGCCAGAGACUCCCAUGUUCCCGUUUUGGCACCACUUCCAAUCGGGUUUGCCGUGUUCAUGGUCCACUUAGCCACUAUCCCCGUUACCGGUACCGGUAUUAACCCAGCUAGAAGUUUCGGAGCUGCCGUUAUCUUGAACGACGAGAAGGCAUGGGAUGACCAGUGGAUCUUCUGGGUCGGACCUUUCAUUGGUGCCGCAAUCGCUGCUAUUUACCACCAAUUUAUCCUAAGGGCUGGUGCUAUUAAAGCUUUGGGCUCAUUUAGGAGCAGUGCUCGUGUCUAAUAAGACUUGAAGAAUUAUUGUUGGAUAGAGAUAAGGGUGAUGUUUUUUUUUUUUUAUGUUUGGAAGAUGGUGAUGAUGUUUGCAAGGAAUAAUAAUAAUGGAGCUCCUCCUCUAGGGGUCCAUAUAGGGGUGGUGGAUUUGUGACUUGUCUAUCUAUCUAAAAAAGUUUACAUUUAUUCUAUCUCUGUCUGUCUCCCUCCACUUCUUGAAAAAAAAAGAGAAAAGAAAAGAGAGGGUGAAAAACGAGAAGAUGAUUGAUAAAUUGGAAGUUUGUAGAUAUAAUCUCUCUAUUUAUUAGUGUAUUUUCCCUUUUGUUUCAUGAAAGUCUUUCAAGUGUCAACUGUAAUAUUAUCUGCUCUUUUGCUAUUUCUCUCUAGUACUUUUGUUUUUCAAUAAUGUAUUAAUGUCUUUAGCCA